UUUAGUUUUUCACGUCUCCGUCGUCCCAUCCAGGCGGACCAAAGUCCUCCAGCCGUUCAAACUUUUAUUUCCUCGGAAUAACUUUCUGAGUUGGGUGGCAGCCGACCAGCAGAAUGAAUCCUGGCCAAAUUCUGCAAGACGCCCCCGUCCGAAAAAUCGCCAUUUUUGGCGGCACUCACGGCAAUGAGCUGUCGGGGGUGUUUCUGGUCAAAUCUUGGCUAGAAAAUGGAGCGGAGAUCGAAAGGCCGGGGUUGAAGGUACAGCCUUUCCUGGCUAACCCACGAGCUGUGGAAAAAUGCUGCCGUUAUAUAGACUGCGACCUGAACCGGGUGUUUGAUUCCGAAAAUCUUGGCAAGGAUCUCGCGGACAACGUCCCCUAUGAAGUCAAAAGGGCCCAAGAAAUCAACAGCUUCUUCGGUCCGAAGGACCAGCCUGGUGCUUACGAUCUCAUCUUCGACCUUCACAACACGACCGCUAACAUGGGUGGGACCCUCAUCCUGGAAAGCUCCAGCGAUUGCUUUGCCAUUCAGAUGUGCCACUAUAUACAGGUCGUCCCCGACUUACGGCCACAAUUGAACCCAGAAUUCACAUCGCACGCUGUGUCCCCAGACAGAUGUUCGGUCUUACUUCUGGAACAUCCCAACUUGAAAUACGCAACGACUCGAUCUGUAGCAAAACAUCCAAUCGGUGUUGAAGUUGGCUCUCAGCCUCAAGGUGUUCUGAGGGCUGACAUUUUGGAUAAAAUGAGGACAAUCAUCCGAUACGGGCUGGAUUUCGUGGCAAAAUACAAUGCAGGGCAAGAAUUCCCUCCAUGCACCAUUGAGAUUUAUAAAUUAUUGGAGAAAGUUGAUUAUCCCAGGAACCAAAAAAAUGAGAUUAUGGCUGUCAUUCACCCAAAUUUACAGGAUCAAGACUGGCAGCCGCUAAAGCCGGGAGAUCCCAUAUUUUUGACUCUGGAAGGAAAGACCAUCGCGUACGACGGAGAAGUGACGGUAUACCCAACCUUUGUGAACGAGGCCGCCUAUUACGAGAAGCAACAAGCCUUCGUAACGACGGCGAAAGAAAAAUUGAGCGCAAAAGGACUCCGAGUCUCUUAAACCCGGAUUGUUUUUUUAAACCUCCUCUAAAGUGCCUGAAAAUAUUUCUCGUCCAAGGUGGCCUAAAGACAAUGUAGAUCCUAGACCGAAAAUUCAAUUUUUCGUCGUAAGAAAUAGAAAGCACUUACUCACAAAACAACGCACACUGUGUCAAUGAUGAUAAACCGUUUUUUUAUGCACUUUACAAUUGCUGUUUUUAAGGCUACUUUUUCAGGCCUGGUUUUGAGGCGGCUGAUAAUCCUCGAUUUACGACUACAAUUGAGCUCAAAACACAUCUGUUGCUGAGCCACACCGUUAAGCGAGUUUUGUCCUAUUUUACAACAUUUUUUUUGCCAGUGUUGUUUCACUUAACAACCACAGUUGUUAAGUUAGCAACCUGGUUGUUAAGUGAAUCCGGCUUCCCCAUUGAUUUUGCAUGUUAGAAGGUCGCAAAAGGGAAUCACGUGACCCCGCUGCGACCGUCCUAAAUGCAUACAUUCAUUUUGUGACCCUUUGAAGUUACAACAGCACUGAAAAAAGUGACUGUUUUCACAGUUACGACCGUUGCAGCAUCCUCAUGGUCACGUGAUCAAACUUCGGACAUUUGGCAACUGGCUCAUAUUUAUGACGGUCGUCGUAUCCUCUGGUCAUGUGAUCCCCUUUUGUGACCUGCCAAACAAAGUCAAGGGGGAAGCUGGAUUCACUUAACAACCAUACUACUGAUGGAACAGCUGCCGCAAUUCACUUAACAACUGUGGCAAGACAUGUCGUAAGAUGGUGCAAAACUCACUUAACAACUGUCUUGUAAUUUGGGGCUCAAUUGUAGUCCUAAGUCGAGGAAUACUUGUAAUUCAGAAUUUAUGUGUGGAAGAAAAAUUGUUUGAAAUAAGCAAGGGAGAACUGGGAUAAAGAAAUGAUACAAAUGUUUUGAACCUGGAUAUAUAAAUGUGACUGGAAUCGAAUCGAAUCGAAAAUAUGGAAUGGAAUAGAAUGGAAUGGAAUGGAAUAGAAUAGAAUAAAAUAGAAUAGAAUAGAAUAGAAUAGAAUAGAAUAGAAAAGAAAAGAAAAUAUGGAAUGGAAUGGAAUGGAAUGGAAUAGAAUAGAAUAGAAUAGAAUAGAAUAGAAUAGAAUAGAAUAGAAUAGAAUAGAACAGAACAAAAUAUGGA